AAAAAUGCGGCAUCCUCAGUUUUUGGUGAAAUACGGUCAAACAUUGAAACAUUUGUGGACAAAACAUUAUGGCUGAAAGAAUUUCACGAGCUACCCUCCAAACACGUCUAUUUCAUAGCACCCUUGCGGUUCGGCAAAACAACUAACCUAAAAAUGAUGGAGGAAUUUUUCAGCAUCACUAACAACGAAAAGCAGGCCCACAAACUUUUCGAGGACACCCUUAUCUACUCCAAAGAAAAUAAUUUUUUUGACACAUACUUUAGAAAAUAUCCAGUAAUAUACUUCAAUUUCCAACCUCUUUUAUCCACGACGAGUAAGCUAACCUUCAGGAAAAACAUAUGCAAAAUAUUCACUGAUGUAAGAAACAACACUGACCCAAAUUUAUUCAAUCUAACCACUGAAGAAAAAAUGGUCAACCUAAAGGAAUUUAAUGAAGAGUGUGCGGACAAAUUUGAAUUCGGAAAGGCUACGAUUGACUACAUGAAGGCUUUGCACACACACUAUGGUCAGAAAAUAAUCGUUUUGAUCGAUGAAAUGGACGCGUUGACGCGCGCUACUUUAAAAAGGGAUGUCGCGGAGCAAGACGCGGUGGUAAUGGAAUUUGGACACAUACUUAAACAGUGGUUGGAGGGAAAUGAGUACAUUAAAAAGAGUUUUAGCGUCGGAUCCAUGUUUACAAACGACCUAAUUCAUGUCAACCCCUAUCCAGAUUGCAUCGAGAGAGUAGUUUACAACCUUAAGGAACAGUACGCAAAAUACUUCGGCCUUACCGAAACGGAGGUAGAGCAUCUACUCGAGAAAUCCUCUCUGGCAGGCGAUUUACACAGAUUCAAAUCGUACUACGAUGGAUAUGCUGUCACGAAUUCUAGUAUACGUGUGUACAACACAAUUUCUCCUACCAAAUUCGUAAAGAAUCGGAAAUUCGCGCCUUACUGGGCCAAAUCUGUUGAGCCAUUGAAAAACGAUUUUUUGGGUUUCUUCUCACGACCGUUAAUCGGAUCUCAGAUCGAGAAGGCUAUUUCUGAGGACAUGAACGAUCUGUCAAAAUUCGCCCGCCUCAAUCAUUCGGUCGCGAAAGAUACGUUCCACGAUGUUCGUGGCGAUGCCAUCGUCGAUGCGAGGAAUACGGCUGCGGCUGGAGACAUUUUCUUCAACUUCCUCUAUGAGUCCGGUUAUGUCAGGUUUGUCACCAAAGACGGGUUCCUAGCGACCAAUCAGGAUGCUGCUUACGCCCUGGGGACGACUUUGGCGCGAGAUUCGGACUACUACCAAUACGCGCGCAGUAUCCCAUCCGCUGCGAAGACUAAACUCAUUAAGGCUGUGAAAAAUUUAGCGCUAUCUGACGAGACGAUGAUAGAACUGGUGGCGGCCGUUCACGGAAUUUUUAAUCCGGCUUGUUCGUUGGUGACCAUGGAGCGGGUGUCUUACGUUGGCCCGAUUUUCGCGAUUUUGGCCUACGAAGACCCGGAGGCCUUUGAGGCAGUGCUGUCACCCUUGCGUGUUGGACUUCAGCCGAAGAAACCAGACGUGGUGCUCCUCCGCAAGGAUUCUGUCGCUUUUGUAUUCGCGUUGAGGCGGGGGGGAAGUGCCCGCAAAGCUUCAGAGGCUGCUCUGGCCUCGGAAUACGAGAGCAUCUUUCAGCAGGACUUUAAGGAUGCCAAGAUUGAGUCGAAAAUUUUUGUAGGAAUUAAUUUAGAUUUUCAUUGUCAUGUAUCCAUUGGAUAUGGGAAAGAAGGCAUACAAGAGAAAGAAAUUAAGGAGGUCGGCAUAGGCGGUCCAAUCAGAUGACGGACAAACAUGCACAAUUUUUACCUAGUUUUUGGUCCUUGUGAAUCGGGGAAUAAUUUUGAGCGUGAGACAGGAGAACGCAAAUGUUUUUCAAUUAGUUGAAACCUCUUCUCCCAUCUAAUUUUUUCAAUUGAAAGACGGAUAUUCUAGACUAGACAUUAAUUUUUACGUACACUGGCUAGGUGUAAGCCUAUUAAGCUGCUCUGAUAAUUAUUCUGAGAGCUAGGGGAACUUGAUAAAUUGCGAUUUAACUUUUUACGAGAGCACAGAUACAUCUGAUAGCUUACCAAAGUGAGAGCUACACCAUCCAGAGAAACAUAGCAAGCAAACUCCUAUACUCAGAAAUUAUGUCAUGGAUGGAAGAAUGAACUUUUUCUAUGUUUGUAGGUUUAAAAGUAAACAAUUCAUUUUCAACCAAAAACGAGACGGUCAUGCAGUUACCACGAGUUACCACGAAGUUUUAUGUAAUGAUUCAUCAUUUGAAAUAACAAUAAUUCCAUUAACUGUA